AUGACACAUUCAAGCCCACCAGCUGCUAGCUCCAAGGCCCAGGAUAGUGACGCAAGCUCUUCAGCAGUGGUUGAGACCCUCCUCUGGGAUCGCAAGGCCGAAGGUGGAUUCCCAGAGACCAAAGAGCUGAAGAACCGCGUGCGCAACGUCAUUGAACCUGGACGGGACUUGGGACAUAUCGACCGCAGUCUUAAAAGACGGCAGCAGCAGCAGGAAGAGCAAAGUAUUGAGAAGAAUUGGGUGGGCGAGAAAGCGCAUCCACCAGGCCCAGGAGAUGGUGCUGCCGCUGCCGCUGCUUUAGCAGAGCCUCGAACCGGUCCAGACUCCAAGAAGGAUAACCGGAUCAUCACCAUGGCUCAGGAUGCUGAUGCGGAGGGGAAUGCCGCGUCGAAGGCAGAAUGCGAGGAUUGCAAGUAA